AUGAAUGAUGAAGAUAAUGCUAAGGAGUAUCGGUGGGAAACCGGCUAUGAAAAAACCUGGGAAUCUAUUCAAGAAAAUGAACACAAAGGUAUUGACAUCUCUGUGGCGGAAAUUAUACACAAAGCAAAGAGAAAACGUCAAAUUGAAAAAUCUGGAGGAGCUAGACUGGGUAUGAUGAGGCACCUUUAUUUAAUAUUAGAUAUUUCUGAAGGAAUAAAAUCCCCAGAUCUCAAGCCCACUCGUUUGAUUUGUACAGUCAAAGUAUCAUUACUGACUGGAGGCGAGCACGGUGUAAUUUUAGAUGACAAACAUUAUAAAGAGCAAUUAAAUGCACAUGUCGAUCCACCACCAGCAGCAAUGAGGCUUGACGCUGCAUUAGUUAAAAUGGGAUUUCCUCAUCAAACUCUAUCUUCCGGCACUGACACUUCUAUUAGUGUUUGCAUGUGUCAUGCUGAUGGUACAGAUGAAUCUUCAAAAUUAACUAACGUGGGCUAUCUUUGUCCACAAUGUCUUAGCAAACACUGCGAACUGCCAGUAGAAUGCAAAUCUUGUGGUCUUACGUUAGUUUCAGCUCCGCAUUUAGCUCGGUCUUAUCACUAUCUAUUUCCUGUAAAACAUUUCCAAGAAGUAACAUUCGACGGAAGCACUUCAUUUUGCUAUGGUUGUCAGAAAAAGUUUGAUGACGAUAUUGAUAAAAAGGUGUAUAUCUGUGAAAAGUGCACUCGGACUUUUUGUCUCGAUUGUGAAAUAUUUAUCCACGAGUCAUUGCACACGUGUCCAGGAUGUGCUAGCAAUGCAGAAUUUUCUACGUAA